CGUAGACCAAACGUCAAUUUAGGACUCGAAGUCUAGCAGUUGUUUACUUAGUAACUUGUAUGCCGAAUACCUACCUCAGCGCUUGAACGUAUCCUGACGUUGCUUGACUUCUGGUAACAGAGCGUCAAAACGUUUUACGCACUAAACCUGUAAAUACGUACGAACAAUGUAGUCUUGACGCUAGCCUAAAAUUCUUCGGGUACAGACGUAGCGGCAUGGCUAGCAUACUUAAGUCGCCGGGAGCGGACGACGCUGGAGAAGCGGAGGGACUGCCGCUUGAGCGAUUACGUGAGUGCUUCCACCUAUCGGCCCGCGAUGCCUGCGCCCGGCUACACAUCAGUCAAUCAAAACUGAAAAAGCUUUGUAGACAGUAUGGGAUCUCGCGAUGGCCGCACCGAAAGCUUGCAUCAUUGGCAGCGCUGCGAACCCAACUGCAGAACGAUUCUGGAAUUUCCUGUGAGGAACGGCAGGCUCUGCUGACGCGGCUGGAGCAGCAGGUGGCUGCUAUCCUGCAGGACCCCGACCGCCCCAUUGAGCAGCAGUUCGAGGACAUGCGGCAGAGCAUCUACAAGGUGCGCUACCAGCAGAAGGCUGUGAGGCGGCGGCAGCUGAGCGGCGGCAGCGCAACCCCCUCGGAGCAGGAGGGGCAGGCGGAUGAAGAGGAGGAGGACGAGGAAGGAGGGGUUGAGCUAGGAGCCCAAGUUGUGGAGCAUGUGGCUACGGAGACAGCAGCCGUCGUCAGAAGGAAGACACCCACAGCAUCCGCAACAGCAGCAGCUGCUGUUGGGGCUACAACGACGGCAAGGCAUGUGGGGGCAGUGGCGGUGGUAAGCCGGGGGAGCCACAGCGGCUGCCCACCACCACCACCACCUCGUCCGCACAAGCAGCAACCACAGGAACCGCAGCAACAGCAGCAGCAGCAGCUCCCGCUGCCGCCACUGCAACACCAUCAGAUGCCGCACGCACGCACCCGUAGAGCGCCAGUGACUAGCGCCUACACCGGUGGUUCCGCUGCUGCCGGUAUCGGUACCGCCAGCACUAUCGCAGUUGCUGCAGUUACGCAAUUGCCGGCCACUGCCUCUGCCGCUGAGGCUGCAGCUGACCUCACAGCCGACUCCCUGAGUUGUCGUCUGCUGACCCCGGGCAGUGUGGCUGCAGGCCCCGGCAUCGGGGCGCUUCAUGAGAGCUCCUGGUGUGAUGGCGGUGACAGCAAGCGAGCACGUACGGAGCACCCGCAGCAGCAGUUGAGGGUUAAGGAAGUGCCCCCACAGGAGGAAGAGGAGCUUCGGCAAACUUUGCGUAGGCGGUUUCCGCCCACUGCGGCAGUGGAAGCAGCCCCCGCGCCGUCACCAUCCCGACACCCUUUCGGUCCCCAGCAAGCCCCGUCCAAGGAGCCAUUGUUGCAGCAGGGAGGCACGUACCACACCAGUAGCAGCAACGCUGCAGAAGCUGGGACUAUGGCUGCGGCUGGAACACGGGCGGCGGAGGUAACAGCGGCAGCAGGCGGCAUGCCUGCCAGAGCCCGUAACCAGAGUCUUGGCAGCGGCAGCAUGAGCGUCAGCAGUGGAGGAGGCGGAGGCGGAGGCGGAGGCGGAGGUGGGGAUUUGUGUCCUGAAGGCGACUGGCACAGUCACCACCGCCGCCGUUUUCGCAGCAGUGGGACCGGAGACAUCUGUAGCGGAGGAGAUGUACAGCACACCGGCGGCAGCGGUGUUACUACUGUCAGCGGGGUUUGUACGACACUUGCGAUGCAGGCGGGUGCAGCAGCAGCCGGCGGCGUCGCGUGGGGCUUGGCAAACGCGGAUGGAGGUGUGAAGAUGGCCGUCGGCGGCGGCGGCGGAGGUCCAAGCGGUGUUGAAGGGCUUUGGACCGCACCCGCACCCGCAGAAGCUGCAGCGGCGGCGGCGGCGAUAAACCUCACGCGUGCUUCCGAGGCGACGUGCAGCCCGACAUCCGCUGUGUACCCACAGCAGACUGCCCCACAGCAACGGCAGCAGCUGCAGAACUACCCGGGCCUUGAGCUAACGGCAGCGGACACGGGACGUCGGCACCAGCAGCAGCGUCAAGAGCAGGAGCAGGAGCAGCAGGUGCCGCCGCCGCCGCCACAGCAGCAGGUGCAUUGGCAGCAGCAGCAGCAGCAACGUGAUGCGGAUUCCCUGCCUCAGCAGCAACCGCUCUCCGACAACUACCCACAAUACCGCCGCCAGUCAGCGAACAUACGACCUCCUCCUCCUCCUCCGCAACAGCAGCCACCACAGCAGCCACAACCGGACCCACAGCAGCAGCCACAACAGCAGGCUGAACAUUUACAACAUCAACAGCCGCCACAGCAACAACACUACCAGCAACGCCAAUACCAAUGCGGCCAGCAGCAGCAGCUGGAAGCCCAGUUCCUCUGGCUGCAGGGGCAACGGCAGGGUGCAGAACCCCGCUGGGAAAAGGUUACAACUUUAUCUUAUUUCCGUUCAAGCGGUGGCGUCGGUUCUCAGCCAGAUAGCCAGCUGGCGACCUCGCCAACCUCAUCAUUGCCCGACUCUAGGGUAAACUGGGUGGGCGCUGUCUCCCAUGCAGGACCGCUGCACCCUCCAGCGCCCCAGCAGCAGCCGCAGUCGCAACGACCACAGCUGUCGCUCCUUCGGCUGCAGCCGCAGCCGCAGCAGCAGCAGCUGUUACAGCAAUUGCCUUGUGAAGGAUACCUGGAUCCCUCUCCUCAAGAGCCGUUGUCACCGCAGACCCUGAUGUCGUUGCAAGGUAACGAUCCUAACGAGCAGCAACGGGCCCUUGCAGUACGGAAGCGACUGCUGCAACAAAUGGACCACUCGCAACAGCAGCAACAGAUGCUGCACGGGCAUCUGUCAGUUCGGGAACGGACGCUGGUUGCCUUGGGUGCGGGUAAACCGUCGCCGUCGCCGUUGCGGCCGUCGGCCUCCCCCAUUGGGUUGAAGUCAGCAGCCGUUGCAACGCAGUCCGCACCAGAGGCGACGGCGGCGCCGUCGUCACUGAUGCUGCUGCCAUACUCUAACAGUACUGCAGGCCCCAUGCAGCGAAUAGCAGUUGGUACGGCAGCAUCGGUGGGUACGGCAAUAGCAUCUGCAGUACCUUCGCUUGUAAGCGCUGUCGGCGGCUGGAGCGGGAGGAUUGGCUGUGAAGUCAACAGCGGCGUCCCUGCUGUGGGCUGCGGCGGCUACGCUAACAGUGAGCAGCAGGGGACGUCUCCUGGGCUGCAAGGGUUCAGCAGCGGUGGUGGCUUUGUUAGAGGUGGUAGUGGCAUUCAUGUUACACUCGCAGGAGUUUCAGGAACUGCAGUGUACGGCAGAAUGAUGAGUGUUGGAUCUAGCUGUAGCGGCAGCAGCAGUAGCAGCAACCAGUGCUACGGCAGCAGCGCUUCGGGCGCAGCAGCCGCUGCCAUGUGGGCCCCCGCAGCAGCAAGGGCAGUAGCAGGAGCAACAGGAGGGGUAAUGGGUGCGACAGCAGCAGCAGCUGGAGCACGAGGAGGAGGGCAAUUGAAAUACCAGCAACAACAACGCCAUUUGCCCCAUCAUAUGAUGACUCCUAUCAGCGGCGACGCAGCAACAGCAACUUCAGCAGUAGCGGGCUUCGCAGGCGGUACAUGUACGGCACCGGGCUACGAGGAGGCUGCCGCUGCCUCAUGGGGUUGUCGUAAUUUAGUUUCUGCACUUCCUUCUCGGGUUGCAGGGUUGAUGCAUGCUGGCAUCAGCAGCGGCAGCACCUGGCAAGAAGGUGGCGGCCCACGGCAACCGUCGCCGUUCUCACCGCUGCUGGACCAUGUAACUCCAACCACCGGCGGGGGUGCAGCCCAGCGGCGCUUGUCGCCGUCUUCUACACCCAUCAACAUUAACAGCAACAAUAACAACGUGAUAACGACUGGCGACGGAGGCACCUCCGCUGCCGCCGCCGCCGCUGCUGCCGCCAAUAGGGCCGCCGCCGCCGCACGGCUGAUGCCUCCGCCGGCGCCCAUGCGACGCCAACCGCCGCCGCCGCCGUUUCAACAGCAGCACCAGCAGAACCUGGCGCCAUCGCCAAGGCAACCGUACUUGUCGUUAGCGUCUUUUCCCCUGAGCGCUCCUAUUGCUAAUCUUUCCGGAUCCAAUUUGCUGACGACGGGUCGUACGGACCAUGCGGGUGGUCCGGGAGGCCAUUGUACGACAGCGUGUGAGUUUCGAAGCUCGUACGACGGCUCGAAUCCACCACUGUCGUCAUCGCCUUCCGUUCACGCCGUGUUGAGCAACGCAUCGGCGGCGGAUGCCGGAUGGAUUAGCACCAUGCCUUCUUCCUUCGUCGCAAACGCCGCCGUUGCUUCCGCCGUCAAUGGGGGAGCGGUGCUAGCAGCUACUUCCUCGGCUGCCGCUGCGGCAGCUCUGACCAGCACCGGUGCUGCUUCGGGGGUUGCCUCUGCUAGCAUGUCCGAUGAAGAGGGCUGGCUACAAGAACAACAGCUGGGGGCCUGGGGCUCCUAAUGCGUAUGAGCGGUUACUGACGUGAUGGCUUGUUUGUGCUGGUGGGGGCUGAUACGCUCGGUGGCCUUGACACCGUCCAAACUGGUUUGUGAUGGUGCUGUUGGUGUAUACUUUAUUGGCCAUCCAACGGUGAUGCAAAUGUGUCGUGGCACCGCUCUUCUAUUGCAUAUUCGUUAACUGAAUACAGCAGUGAUGCUGAGCGCGCACAUCGAGGAUGUCGCAUCUGCUUGGCUUUUGAGUGGCUGAUUUCUUUGAUUACUUUUUUACCAGGAGUGUUACUUGAGGAGUUGAGUAGCCCAGUGGUUGAUGGUUAGGUUACAGGCAGGCGAACUAACAGCGUCCGAUUAACAGCGUUGACGGUGAAGACAGUUUUCGUUUAGCUUGUACGGCGGUUUAGGCUGUUGCAUGUACAUCAUCGUGCCCAGCAGGGUUUGGGUGUGGCACGAUAGGGGUGUUUCUUGGGUCAGUGCAUUCAUGAAUUGAUGAAGGAUUCCAUCGAGGAUGAGAAAUUCGAGUUUGGGAUCUGCGGAGACCUGCCAAGUCUGAGCUGCCUUGUUGAGGGUAGGCGGGGCAGAGGAGAGAGGACUCGUAGAAGGCCAGCCAUUCAAGUAGUUCCCAAGGAGAGGGCGACUGGUUUGUACGGCUGCGUUGGUUGGUCUGCGACAUUUUCCCUGCGAUAGGUUUUCCAGUUACUGCAGUAACAUUUCAUUGGUGUCUUUGGGGUUGGUGAGAUACUUGACCAUUAUGGCAAUGCAUUAUUGCAUUGCCUGAAAGGAUGCAUGGAGAAAUAGGAAAAGCCUGGAGAGUGGAUGCAUGCGUGUUCUAUGGGAGCAUCUGGUGUUGCAGAAAAGCCUCAAGGAGGUGUAUGGAGGUUUUAAAGCCUUGAAUGCGCUGCUCCACAUGGAAGGAGGCUUCCCUGCAGGCUUGCAUGGGAGCUGCAACCAUGCAGGGGUUGAAAGUGCCCGCAGUAUGUGUCUCGGUGGCAGAAGAUUUGAACUUGGACGCAACUGCUUAUUCAUUCUCUGUGGCUGCUAAUGCACGGGCGGCUUGCAUGGGCGUUGUGCAGGAUCCGGCGUUGUGCAGUGCAGAGAUACGGCUCUUGGAGACAGAGGAUGUGAGCCUAAUGUGUGUGCACUAUGAUGGCUGGAUAGGACAAUUGUCCAAAGAAGAGAACACGCACGUACUAUGACAGGGUGAGGGCGAGUCAUGCAGCGUUCAUCAAGAGCUUGCUAACAUGCAUGCAGACUCAGAUGGAUGUUAGGGUGUGGCGAGUUAACGCGUUGCCAUCGUGCGUGUGGUUGGUAACUUGCAGCAGUAGUGGUGUCUGAUGCGUUCGCACUGCUGACAAUUGGUUAGUGUGCCUGUUGCAGUCGGCUGUUGCGGAAACCGUUUCUUGUUAUCCUGUUUGGUUCUUUGUCGACAGGGUGCCGCUCUUUUUCUCGUCCUGCUGGGGAAGUGCGUUCCUGCUGCUUGCAUAGAUUAUUAAAUUACCCGUAGAUACUGUUAGUUGUGGUGUGUCAGUAGUGUCAGUCUGUGACACCCCAACGUGCAGUAGUUACACACGGUGUUUGGGUUUACUAAGGUUUUGCAGGUGUUGUGAUAACAAGGUUAACAACAGCUAUUAAAUGCUGCUGCCGUAGACAACAAACCAACGCAUGGAUUUCGGUGUUUGAUAGGAAGCCUGGUGGAAAGCAUUUGUGAAAUGCGUCCGGCGGAGUAGAGGGUGGUUUUUGCGCGACGCUUGUCCAUGUGCCGCUAGCAAGAUGGAAGAGACGUGGCAAUUGGUAAUGCCUGAUGCUGCUGCGCUUGUGUCGUUAUGGGAAGUUCCAAGAUUGCAAAGGAAACAUGUCGUUGCAGUUGUUGGUUAUCUGUUAGAACAGGGUUACGUCGGUAGGGUCAUCAGUACGUUUUGGCAAAGGGGGUGUAGUGUAUAAUGGCAUGGUAAAUGGGACGACGGGCUUUGAGCUUAGUGCACGCAUGCAGCUGGAUUUCGUAAUUCGCCGUACGUAAUUUGGGUACGUGAUUUCUGCCAGGUGCCUAUCGUUCAUUCUUGGUAUUGGAAUGCGGCAGUGGUUUCAUGCGCUCCUUAUUUGCAUCCAUACAUCCGUACAGCGUGUUUGUACGGUAUCGUCGGUAUGGCAAAGCUGCAGACAAGAUACAUACGGCAAGCUGCAGGCAUUUGGAGAAAUGCGCUGGAGAAAGGGGCGGGGUGCAUGUGCGUUUGCUUGCUGUAUAUUAACUUUCUUUGGGCCUUUGCCAGGUUAAGACAGUUGGCAGACAGUUGGCUAGGACGGUAUGGUAGCAUCGUAUUGUGACUUCGUGAGUGAAAGCCAAGGUACGAAAGGUUUACAGGUUUAUAGCUUGGGUACCAACAGCUGUGUCCUGUACGGCGGUAGUAACAGAUCCUUGCAGGUGUUGAACACGGCAGGGAUUUGAGCAUGGAUUUGAGAUCCAUACGAGCGAAAGGGGGCGUAUUAGCAGAGUUGCAUUUGAGAUUUCGACCGUAUUCGUUGGCGACGGUGGAGGGUGAGUUGCAAGUGCAUGGUAUGAGGCAUGGGUGGUGUGAGGUAUGGUGUGUACAGGGCUCGUGCAACCUGGGGGCGGGGAAGCAUUGAAGCUGUCGUACACCCACAACAGCUGUAGUACAGAGGUAGCUGCGAGCAGCUGCUGGUGCAACAUCUGUGGAAAGUUGCUGUAUGGACGUGUCGAGCGCGAACACCGUGUGCAAGCGUGUGCACGGGCGGAAAACCCCACAUCCUUACACCUCGGAAGCUUUACAUGUACCGACAUCGCCAAGCAAUUCCCUUUGUAAGUUUUCCAGGAGCAGUGGC